UGAGGCGCUGCCGCGGGAGGCCGCGACGGAGCUCCCGGACCGACCAUGGGCUGAGACGCGACCUCUUCGAGCAGAACAUGCCCGGGUGACUCCCUCCCAGAUCUUCCUGGCGGCCUUCCUUGCCCUCCCCAGUGACACUAUGCAACCCCAGCGUGACCUGCCAGGCCUCUGGCUCCUGCUGCUGUCCUUGUUCCUGCUCCUCUUUGAGGUGGCCAGAACUGGCCGUCCAGUGGUUAGCUGUCCUGCCGCCUGCCUGUGUGCCAGCAACAUCCUCAGCUGCUCCAAGCAGCAGCUGCCCAACGUGCCCCACUCCUUGCCCAGCUACACCGCUCUACUAGACCUCAGCCACAACAACCUGAGCCGCCUUCGGGCAGAGUGGACCCCCACGCGCCUGACCCACCUGCAUUCCCUGCUGCUGAGCCACAACCACCUGAACUUCAUCUCCUCCGAGGCCUUUACCCCAGUACCCAACCUGCGCUACCUGGACCUCUCCUCCAACCAGCUGCGUACUCUAGACGAGUUCCUGUUCAGUGAACUGCAGGCGCUGGAGGUGCUGCUGCUUUAUAAUAACCACAUCAUGGCAGUGGACCGCUGCGCCUUCGACGACAUGGUCCAGCUGCAGAAACUCUACUUGAGCCAGAACCAGAUCUCCCGCUUCCCCCUGGAACUGGUCAAGGAAGGCGCCAAGCUACCCAAGCUAACCCUCCUGGAUCUCUCCUCCAACAAGCUAAACCUCUUACCAUUGCCUGACCUGCAGAAGCUGCCCGCGUGGAUCAAGAACGGGCUGUACCUGCACAACAACCCCCUGAACUGCGACUGUGAGCUCUACCAGCUCUUCUCUCACUGGCAGUACCGGCAGCUGAGCUCUGUGAUGGACUUUCAGGAGGAUCUGUACUGCAUGAAAUCCAAGAAGCUGCACAAUGUCUUCAACCUGAGUUUCCUCAAUUGCAGCGAGUACAAGGAGCGUGCCUGGGAGGCACACUUGGGCGAGUCCUUGACCAUCAAGUGUGACACCAAGCAGCAGGGGAUGACCAAAGUGUGGGUGACAUCGAGCAAUGAACGGGUGCCGGAUGAGAUGGCCAACAGCACGGUGACAGUGUCCAAGGAUGGCAGUCUUCAUUUCCGGCAGGUGCAGGUCGAGGAUGGGGGUGUAUAUACCUGCUACGCCAUGGGGGAGGCUUUCAAUGAGACACUGUCUGUGGAGUUGAAAGUGCACAAUUACACCUUGCAUGGACACCAUGACACCCUCAACACUGCCUAUACCACCCUAGUGGGCUGUAUCCUCAGCGUGGUCCUGGUCCUCAUAUACCUGUACCUCACCCCUUGUCGCUGCUGGUGCCGGGGUGUCGAGAAGCCCUCCAGCCAUCAAGGAGACAGCCUCAGCUCGUCCAUGCUUAGUACCACACCCAACCACGACCCGAUGGCUGGCGGGGACAAGGAUGAUGGUUUUGAUCGGCGAGUGGCCUUCCUGGAACCUGCUGGACCUGGCCAGGGUCAAAAUGGCAAGCUCAAGCCAGGCAACACCCUGCCAGUGCCCGAGGCGACAGGCAAGGGCCAGCGGAGGAUGUCGGAUCCAGAGUCGGUCAGCUCGGUCUUCUCUGAUACGCCCAUUGUGGUGUGAGCAGGAUGGGUUGGUGGGGAGAGUCUGCCCCAGGAGAGGUAAUGCACCCCUGAAGGAGAUGAGGGGAUGGAAGAGAGGGCUGGCUGCCCGAGGGAGUGGGUUCCCCCUGACCUCAAGGGAAUUGGUCAAGGGUGCAACAGCAGGCAAGACCCCAGCCAGGGUGUGCUGCCAUGAUUUUCAAAUACGGAUCUAUUAAUCAUCAGGCAAAUGCUACACCCCUCCCCAAAGCCCUGGCAAUGCUGAACGUGGAGGAAGAGGGGAGUGUCUGCCGAGUUGGGUGGGAAUGAGGAGGGGUGGAAGGAAGAGCAGAUUUCCUAAACUUUUUCAAGGUCAUCCCUAGCUCCUUAUGAGAAAAUCCUUUGGGGAAAAAAAUAUUUUUUUUUUUCUAUCUCUGCCCACCCACACCUGUGAGGUAGUGCGUGUUGGGGAGAGUUUCCACAGGAGCCAACUGGGAACACCCUGUAGUAUCUUCUGUGACCAGGAGGUCACACUUCAUGGCUGGGAAUAUUGGAAACCUUUGGAAAAGCGAGUCAGGAAAAGCCGGAGACCUCAAUCAGUAGCACUCCCCAAGUUGUGAGACUUCCCACUAAUGCCUUCCUCUUUUCCAAGAAGCCCUGGGUGGAUGGUUCUUGGCAGGGCCUUGGCCUGUCGGCUCAGAUACAGCAACAGCGUGAGAUGUGGUAUCUGUGCCUUGUCCCGGGCCAGCGGCACCAAGGGGUAUAGCAUAGAAUGAGGGGGGUGGGCUGUCACAGCACAGGUGCCAAUACAACACAUGUAGCUGGGGGCUAACCCCCAGAGAGGUUCAUUGCCUGGUUGGUGAAACCCUUGGUUAGUAUUUGAUUCCCAACACUUGCAGGCAGGGGCCCUAAAGACAGAGGUUUUAUGGCUGCCUGGCACAGAAGUGGGACGUGGGGCCACUUCACACUAGGAGGAGGAGGAAUCAGCCUCUAUUAUGUAGCAUCCUGCUGGACCUACCUGAUUUUGUGUGUAUGCCAUCUCUCUAUUCAGGCUCCUUAUCAAGCUCAGGUGGGGUUCUGUUUCCCUGAGGUGCUGCCCUGCAAAGGGAGGAGUCCCUGAAAACCAGCCCCAGCUGGGUGAGACUGAGCUUGGGGAUGGGAGGGACUGGGUAUGUAUCUCCUCUGUGCAGCUUCUCUCAGAGAUCUCAUCCCUUUGGCAAAGCCAAAGCGCGGGGUUUCAUUGACCAAGGGGUUGGGAUUGGGUGGUCUCUGCCCCAGAAUGGCAAUUUGGAGUGUGAGUUAAGAGUCUUGCCCUCGCCACAAAGUUGCAGGCAGUCCUGUCACAGAGACAGCCAGUGACACUUAACUUUCAGAAGGAAAGUUCUGUCACUCCCAUGCCUUUCAGAGCUCUGUGCAGUUCUGGUCGCCAGGCCAGAGGAACUUAGGAAGAGCAGGCCCAAGGUUCCAUCGCACCCAAGCCUGCAGAAGACUUGGGGUGUGAAGAUGACAGCUUCUUUUAAGUGCUCCUCUGACUCUUCUGCAGGCCCUGGGAGAUGGUUGCUCUGAGUUUUGGCAAGGGGAUGAGCAAGGCAAAGGUGAAAACAUUCUCUGACGUUGGUCUUUUUCGGUCUCUCCCCCUGCCCCCAAUUCCCUGUCCAUUGGAAGUUCUCCAGAUCUUAUUUUCUGAUCAGCCUUUAGGUUCCAAGAGGUGUCAUUUUCCUGCAGGUGAGGGCUGCUCGAAAGGAGGGUCUGACUGCCACUGUCAGUUAAGGUUGGGGAAGGGGACUGGAACGUGACAUCGUCCCUUGUACGUCCCUGGGAUCUCAAGACUGCUGUCCAUUCUUUAUUAGUAGCCUAGUCUUGUUGAGAGAGGUGCAGCAUUUCCCUCAAGUACUUGCAUGCUCAUAGGUACGCAUGCUCGUAGGUACGCAUGCUCACCAGCGCCUUGACUUCCAUCAGGACAGUGAUUCUUUAGUCCCCACUAGUGUCCACUUUCAGAACGGUCUCCAUCUAUGUGCACAACUCGUGUGCAUAAUCUUCUUGCCCUAUAGGAGAGACAGUGACCACGCCAGGCGCCCCAAAUGCAAACUCUUGUACUUUUAGUUUCUCAACUCCCUGAAGCUUCACUCACAUCUCCACAACACUGAAUAGCUGCUCUGCAAAGGCAGGAGUUAGGAGAACCACAGGCUGAGAAUCAUGGGUGAAAGGGCAAUGAGGAAACAGCCGCUUCUUCAGGCUCCUCAGAAACCUUCUUGGAUUAAAGACAAUGUGCAUGAGAAAUGAAGGGAGAACUGGGUCACUGAAGGACCCAGAAGGAAACUGACGGGCAGGGGUCCAAGUAGCUGUCAGUGGCUCUUCCUAUAUCAACUGCUCUGGCAAGACAACGGCAGGAGGAAAAGGUGCCUGGUUAUAUUCCAGACACUUCUGAGGAUUUUGUUACUGAAUUUAUAGGAACCAGGACUCCCUCUUCAGACUCAUCAGGGAACCUGGGAAAGUCUCAUCGCCCUGCUGCAGUUUCCCCUCUAGGAACCGUGGAGGACUCUGAAAACCUGUAAAGUGAAAGUCCAGUGAAGCAGGCCUUCUGGGGCAUUCCAGCUUCAUUCCUGAGGAUAAGGAGCCAUUUCCUUCAUAAGUCCCACCCGGUUUAGGGAAUAAGAAAAGGCUCUGAGACUCUAAGUCUCCUGUGCAUCCAUUAGUUUGGCCCCUACUCAGAGAGACUGGUAGGUGCGCCUGGCCACCCCACUGAGAGAGCCAACUAGCCUCUUCCUGUGGCUUCAGUUGAACCCAAAGGUAGCUUUCUGCUUGGGGGGCUGGGCACUCAAUGUUGGUAAGCUUCCUGGAAGCCUGUGCAGGAGACUGCCAGGUCUGCUGGAGAGAAAAGGCUGAAAGAUCACCCCCUCCCCCACACCCAUAAACAGACAUGUCUCCCAGGAAGCAGGUGUCCCUGGAGACAGUAUGACAGGGCUUUACAAUAUGUCUCUGUAAUUGUCACCUUUUUUGUUUGCCUGUAUUUAUGGGGCUCCUAGCAAGGGGCCAAGAGAGUACACCCCAGCUGGGGACAGCAGAGUCGAUUGAUUCCAGUUUUUUCUCUGUUCUUACCUCUGUAUUUCCUUGUAGCCCUGCUGGCAAAGCAGCAGGCCUCCCCUGUGUCCAGGACCCUGUUCCUCCCUCUGUGUACACCCAGGCUGGCAAACCUGGAGCCCCUGGGCUCUGAAAACUAGACAAUGAUCAUUAAACCUGGCUUGAGUCUCUGUUCUGGCAUAGUCUGUGACUGGUUUAUUUAUCUUUUCAGCCCGUGGGUGGGGUUCAGUCUACCUCAGAAGGGUGUGGCCUGUCUGCAAAGAGAAUAUUUAAAUGUUUUUAUGAGAGCACAGGUAAAAUCCACUUCUCAGCAUUAAGGUGGAGCAAGGGUCAGCAAACUUUCUGUAAAGAGCCAGCUCAUAGAAGUUAAGCUUUGCAAGCUGGAUAGUUGCUGUUAGAAUUACUCAACUGUGCAGGCCUAGCAGGAAGGCAGCCCCGACUGCAUUAAUAAAUGACUGUGGCCUGUUCCAAUCAAGUGUUAUU